AUGGUUGUUACUGAGGGUAUGGAGCGGUGUAAAUCUAAACGUGUGAUUAAAGCAAUAGUGUAUGGGAAUAUUGCAAGUCCAUUACCAAAGAAACGUGAGGAAGACAGUCAUACACAUCAGUGGACUGUUUUUGUUAAGCCUUACCACAAUGAAGACCCUUCAAAGUUUAUCAGAAAAGUUCAGUUCAAAUUGCAUGAGUCGUACGCAAACUCUGUGAGAAUGGUAGAGAAGCCACCUUUUGAAGUCAGUGAGACUGGAUGGGGCGAAUUCGAAGUGCAAAUGAAGAUUUACUUUAUCGACCCUGCUGAAAAACCGAUUGUUGCGUUCCACUACUUACGGUUAUUUCAACCACAAGUUACUCUUGCAAACGGAAAAACGAUCGUGGCUGCCGAGUAUUACGACGAAAUUAUAAUUUUUCUGUUACAGGUUUUUCAAGAACCAACUGUAACGAUGUACAAAGCUUUGAUGAGCUCGGAAGCGCGUAAAUGUGACAUGAAACGGUUUCAUACGGACUGUAAGAUUGUGCAAGUACGGAAACGAACGAAAGAGAUGGUGGAAGAGGCGAGGAAAAAAAUUAAUGGUGAGGUCGAUGAUUUAAAAGAAUCACUGAAAGAGGCCCAAAAAUUAAUCGAGAAAUAUCGGAAGGAAAAAACUUUUCAGGAAAUGAUUGACUAA